ACAAGGUACAAUUUAUUUUAUUUCGUUAUCUUGGGAUUGCUGAUUAUGCAAGUGGAUAUGCAGAACGAAAUAUCAGACCUGGAAGAUGCUGAGAUUGUGAAAAGGCAAGAGGGUUUUGUUGAGAUGUGGGAUGUUUUGAGAAAGAGGGAAAUUAUCUGGAAGCAGAAGUCAAGAAGUAAAUGGGUGCAUGAGGGAGACGCAAAUACCCGCUUUUUUCAUAGAGUUGCAAAAGGAAGAAGAGCAGAAAACAAUAUUGUGGGUUUAAUGUGUGAUGGGGCAUGGAUUGAUGAUCCAGUUUUAGUUAAAAAUGAGAUCGUCAGAUACUUCAAAAGAUUAUUUCAAGGAGAGGCAUGGAAUAGACCAAAGCCUGGGGAUAUUAGAUUCCAGCAGCUAUCCGAGGAGAAAAAAGAUUGGCUGGAAAGACCUUUUUCAGUUGAAGAAAUAGAGGAAGGCUUAAGGAGCUGUGAAGGGUCAAAGGCUCCAGGACCUGAUGGUUACAACUUUAACUUUCUUAAAUUUGCGUGGCACUGCAUAAAGGAGGACUUCAUCAACUUUUUUACGGAAUUCCACUGUAAUGGUAAAUUGGUGAGGGGUCUAAACUCUUCUUUUUUAACCAUGAUUCCUAAAAAGUUAAAUGCAGUAGAAUUAAAGGAUUAUAGACCCAUUAGCUUGAUAGGAUGUGUCUAUAAAUUAUUAGCGAAGGUGCUGGCUAAUAGAUUGAAAUCAGUAAUAUCAGAAAUAGUGAGUGAAAUGCAAUCUGCUUUUGUGCGAGGCCGGCAGUUGGUGGAUAGUGUCUUGGUGCUGAAUGAAGUUGUGGAUGAAAUAAAGAAGAAGAAACAACCAGCCUUUGUGUUUAAAGCAGAUUUCGAAAAGGCUUAUGAUUGUGUAGAUUGGUCCUUUUUGGAUUGGAUGAUGGAGAGUUUUGGAUUUGGAACAAAAUGGAGAGGCUGGAUUAAGGAGUGCCUUUCAACGGCGAGAAUCUUGGUUCUGGUAAACGGAAGCCCGACAAGGGAAUUUGAGGUGGGUAAAGGGUUGAGACAAGGUGAUCCUCUAUCUCCUUUCCUCUUUUUGAUGGUUGCAGAGGGGUUACAAGGUCUGGUACAAAGAGCAGUAAAGGAAGGAAUGUUGCAUGGGAUUGAGAUUGGAAAGAAAGGCCUGUCCGUGUCGCUACUCCAGUUUGCUGAUGAUACAGUCAUUAUGGGCAGAGCGGAUGCUGAGAAUAUACGUACGGUGAAGGACAUCCUAAAAUGGUUUGAACUUAUGUCGGGCUUGAGGAUCAAUUUCAGCAAGAGCAGCAUUUUUGGUUAUAAUGUGUCGGAGAAAUGGCUAAAAGGAUCAGCGGGUAUGAUACAAUGCAGGGUUGGUCGAGCACCGUUUCUUUAUCUGGGAUUGCCUAUUGACGGUAAAUCUGGGAACAAGAAAUAUUGGGAGCUGGUUGUAAACAAAUUCCGUACCAAACUCGCUGUCUGGAAGGCUACUACUCUUUCCUUUAGAGGCCGCCUCGUCUUGCUAAAUUCGGUACUCUCUGCUCUUCCUAUUUUUUAUAUGUCUUUAUAUUUAUUACCUAAUGCUGUGAUUGAGGAGUUGAUUAGAAUUCAAAGGAGGUUCUUAUGGGGCGGGGCAAAACUAAAUAAGAAAAUUCCAUGGGUUAAAUGGGAAUACGUAUGUCGAGCUAAGGCGAAGGGGGGGCUCGGGGUGCCUGACUUACAGAAUAAAAAUUGGGCUAUGUUAGGAAAAUGGUGGUAUAGGUUUGGUGACGGGGUCGAGAGUUUAUGGAAAAGGGUGGUAAGGGAGAAAUAUUAUAGGGGUAGGAGGGAGGUCGAUAUUACUACGAUUGAGUGUUUAAAGGUGUCCAAGAUUUGGAGGGACAUUAUUCAGAUUGGGGGUCGAUCUCUCAAACUUAGGAAUAUAUUGGCUGAGGGUUUCAAGUGGGACGUGGGUGAAGGAAAUAGAGUGGGUUUUUGGUCUGAUAGGUGGAUUGGUGUUAAAAGUCUUAGGGAUUUGUUCCCUAGGUUAUUUGCUCUUUCUGUGAAGAAGGAUGGAAAGGUUUCUGAGAUGGGGAUUUGGGAAGAGGGUAGAUGGUGGUGGAGGAUGGAGUGGAGGAGGGGUACAAUAGGGAGAGAGAAAGAUGAGGAGGUGCUGUUGGAGAAGGUGCUAGAGGGUGUCAAACUAAAGGAGGGGGCAGGGGAUGUUUGGAAGUGGAUACAUGUGAUGGAUGGCAAAUAUGGGGUGAAGAUAGCGUAUGAUUUUCUAGCUACUUCGGAGGGUGUCUUAGAGGACCAGAUGUGUAAACUAAUAUGGUGUAGAUUGGUGCCAUCCAAAGUGGCUUUUUUUGGGUGGUGUUUGUGCUUAGAUAGACUCCCAACAAAGGAUAACUUGCAAAAACGUGGGAUAGUGUUACAGGAAGGGGUGUUGAGGUGGUGGGGUUUGGAGUCUAUUUUUCCUAAUACAGUUAGGGGAAUGGUAGAGUUUUUCAUGGGAAGUUUGGGCAGAUUAGUUGGAAAAGAGAUGGGUUCAUGUAUUUUCCUAGUGGUCGCCUGGUAUCUAUGGUAUAGACGGAAUGUUCAAGUGUUUAGAAAAGAUGAAGGUUUGCCAGAGAACUUGAUGGAAAGGAUGCAAGUUAAAACAUUUAUAUGGAUUAAAUCCAAAGUCAAUGGCUGUGGAUUCUCUUUUUACGAAUGGCAGACUUACCCAAUGGAGUGUGCUAUGUCUGUCAAAAACCAUAAAAGGUUGAGGAAGCAGUUCUAUAAAGCUUGCGUGCCUCUGAGAUGAUGGUUAGGCGGGUCUGUUUUGUUUCCAAUAUGUAGUAUGUGGGCACCUGUGGCUUUUUGUUUGUGAUUAGUAAGCUGUAUCAGUGGUUUUUAGGAGAUUGGCUCUCCUCUAUUGUGGUUACCAUUUUUGUAUAUGGGCAGGAGCACCCCUUGUGCUUCAUUAAAUUAAAUUUUCUUUG